AUGGCUUUCAAAGUUUUGGCAGCAGCUAAGGCUGCCGCUCUAGAUAAAGAACUAAUGACUAUAUGCGGUUACUCUAUCGAUCAAUUGAUGGAACUAGCAGGAUUGUCCGUGGCACAAUCGAUCUACAAGGCAUUUCCCCCAGCCAACUAUCACAAUUGUGUAACCCUAUGCGGUCCCGGUAAUAACGGAGGUGAUGGCUUAGUGGCAGCAAGACACCUCAAGUUGUUUGGAUACAAGGGCUUGAAAGUGUACUACCCCAGACCUUCCAGCAAGCCACUCUUUCUCAAUUUGGAGAAGCAGUUGGCUCAGUUUGAGAUCGAUGUUAUCAGCAAGGACGACGAGAAAUUCAGCCGGUUGACUAGUGAGUUGGAUAAAUCGGACAUCAUCGUCGAUGCUCUGUUCGGAUUUUCUUUCCAUCCUCCAAUGAGGGCUCCUUUCGACAGGAUCAUAGAGGAAAUGUUGAAGGCACAGAAAUUGAAGGGUAAAAAAAUAGUUGCUGUGGAUAUUCCAUCUGGAUGGGACGUUAAUGAUGGACCAAUUAACGAGCAGGUUUCGGAGUAUCAACCUGAUGUAUUGGUGUCUUUAACAGCACCAAAGCCAGCAGCCUUGAAACUUAGCAAGAACAGCAGACAUUACUUGGGAGGAAGGUUCAUUUCCGAUGAAAUUGCUCACAGAUGGGGAAUCGAGAUUCCUAAAUAUAACGGAGUUGACGAGGUGGUUGAACUUUAA